CUUAUUCCUUACUUUUCAACAUUUAUCUUGGUUAUUGUGAAAUGUCUAGGUGUCCCUAUUAUUUCGAAACGAAAUAAGUAUAUAACAAAUGCAUCUUACAUCAAGGGCAUACUCACAAGUCAUAAGCCACAAUGAAUCAAAACGAUAUUACCACCAAAACAAACCAAACAAAAGAAAUAGAUAUAGUGGAUGAAGAAGAAGUUGAAAAGCUUAAACAAUGUCUUCCAAAGGCAAACUGGAUGGGUAGUAAACACUUUCAACUCCUUAACUUUCAAGGCUUCUGGUAUUCUACUGUCAAUUUCUCCAACAUCCUCGCUUUUCAAAGACAUUUCCUUGCUCAAAACACCGAUCUCAUAGUCUCUAGCUUUCCAAAAACCGGCACCACUUGGUUGAAAUCCUUGCUCUUUUCUGUCACUAACCGUUUUGUCCACCCCUCUAACAAAACGCCUUUGCUAACCCACAACCCACAUGAGCUUGUUUAUGACCUAGAAACCGCCGUGUACGGUGGUAACCCAAAACUCCCCCGCCCUAACCAACUUAACGACCUCCCUCCACCGCGGCUUCUCCACUCACAUAUGCCUUACUCGUCCCUUCCUCAAUCUAUAAAGAUUUCUUCUUGUAAGAUUUUGUACAUUUGUCGAAAUCCCUUAGACACCCUUGUGUCUCACUGGCAUUUUUACCCGAAAUUAAUAAAGAGGGUAACUGGGGAUGAAAAUUACCAACCUUGUAAUAUUGAAGAUUUCUUUGAGGACUUUUGUUUAGGUAAGGUUGCAUUUGGGCCCUUUUUCGAGCAUGUGGUUGGAUACUGGAAGCAAAGUUUAGAGCAGCCAAAUAAGGUGUUGUUUUUGAAGUACGAGGAUUUAAAGGAGAAUCCGAGUGCUCAAUUAAAGAAGAUGGCUGAAUUUGUUGGUAUACCGUUUUCUACACAAGAGGAAAAUGAAGGUGUUAUUAAAGAGAUAAUAGAGUUGUGUAGUAUUCAUAAGCUUAGAGAUCUGGAGGUUAAUAAGAGUGGUUUGCUUAGUAAGUUUGUGGAAAAUAAGAAUUUCUUUAGGGAUGGAGAGGUUGGAGGAUGGACUCGUUAUCUGUCUGCUCCCAUGGUAGAGAAAAUGAAGGAAUUGAUGGAAGAAAAACUUGGUGGAUCUGGAUUAUAUUGUCCUUUAAAUUACAGCCUUGAUAAAUUAAUACUACUAUAUACUACGUAUAAAGUAUAUGUGUUUUAGUUAUUUGUAAUGUUUGUUUUGGUAAGAGAUGCUCCAUAUGUGUAAUGUUUAUUAUCGCAAUUAUAUUAUUGUCACAUUUCGAAAAUAAAACAAGAU